AUGAGUGACGGAAACAAACCAGCGGCUCCUAGCGAGCCUGCCAAGCCGGCCAAGAAAAGCUGGUCGAACCCUGCGCUCCGCGCCAUGGGCAUUCCCAGAGUCUCGCUUCCCUCGCGCAACUGGAUGAUCUUCUGGACGCUUUUGGCAUCUGUGAGCGGCGGCAUUUACUACGACAAGCAGCAGCAAAAGGCCAUCAGACAAAAGUACAUGAAGCAGGUCGAGGCCUUGGGCCAGGAAACUUACACCACGGGCCGCUUGCCCCGUAAACUCUCUAUUUUCAUUGCCCCUCCUCCGGACGACUUUCUUGAUGAGUCCUUACGCCAUUUCCGCCACUACAUCAAGCCCAUCUUGAACGCCGCGGCCAUUGAUUUCGAGGUCUACACGGAAAAUAGGCAGGGCGACAUUCGCUCGCAGGUGGCAGAGAAAAUCAGGCAGUUGAGGCGUGACCAGAAUGCGGCCAGAUUGGCUGAGAGCGAAGAGCUUGCACAGCAAGCGUACGAGAAGUCAUGGUCCAGGUUUUUCCGCGAAAGCGUGCCGCUGGCAUUUGCCAGGUUCAAGAGGAAAGAGCCCGAGCCCGAAACAUACGUCGCACGCCACGAGUUGUACGGUCCCACCGAUGUUUUGGGUCUUUACAAAGUGGCCGAGCCCGUGACCCCACAUCGGGACUUCGAGGACGAUGCCCUUCUAUGUGGCGGUGUCAUUUGCAUUGGCAGAGGCACUUACAAAGAGUACAUCAAUGGUGUGCACGAGGGUCUCCUAGGGCCCUUAGAAAAGCCCGCAGAGGUUGUUUUAAACGAGAAGCCGCAAAAGACACCUGAAGUUGCUGAUGAAACAAAGCCGGCCGAGAUUGCCGAUUUCGCAGAGAAGGAGGGCGAGGCAGCGAAAAAAGAAAAUCCCGUGCCAAAGCCAUAUAUACUUCCUGGCGACUACGCCAGCGGACAAUUGGCCCCUGAACUUGACUUCAACUCUGUAAUCCGAAACAAGGACAACGUUCCUGUGAUUUUCGAACAACCGCUCUACGUCUUUCCUAUCCCCAAAUUGACCGGAUUCAGGAACAUGCCAAGAAAGAUAUAUCGUUAUUUCACCAGGCGGGAAUUGGCCGAGGAGGUGUCGGCAAAGACUAUGUAUGUUGUGGACGGACACAGCAGAAAAUUCGAGUUCAAAGAUCAGUUCUUGGGCAAAGAGGAAGAGGUGGAAUGGCCGAAGAAGUGGGUUGAGAGAGGCAAAGAGAAGAAGAGCGAGUGGGUGCAAGAGCUUGAAGUCGACGAGCGUGUGACGUCCAGAAUGCGGGUAUAUGACUCUGGCCGUUGA